GGCACGUGACGGAGCGACGCCUCGCGCUGCAGCGGUCAGCGAGUGCAAGUGUGCGAUAACAGCAGCAGCGGCUCUGUCUGGAGCUCACACUGUACAUUACAGAAGCCCCCUCCUCUGGAAGACGGUGUUUCUCCCAUUAUGGGCGACAAGAAAAGCCCAUCCAGGCCAAAAAGACAAGCCAAGCCCUCUGCAGACAACGGAUUUUGGGACUGUAGCGUCUGCACCUUCAAAAACAGUGCAGAGGCAUUCAAAUGCAGUAUAUGUGAUGUGCGGAAAGGUACAUCUACAAGGAAACCUAGGAUAAACUCUCAACUCGUGGCACAGCAGGUCGCUCAACAGUACGCCGGCCCACCCCCAGUAAAGAAAGAAAGAAGGGAAAGGACAGACCGAGACCUGCCUGACGACGACCGCUUCGACAUGGACAACUCUGACUCGGAUAGACUCAGCAGUCUCCACCCCGACUCAGACCAUCCCGAGAGAUUAGGUCUGGACGGAGGUCAGCUGGACCGUGGACAUUCUCACAAGGAUCGGAGACAGGAGCGUGGUCUAGACAAACCGCAGCCGCUCCAUACAGACAGGAGGCCUGAGAGAGCAGGACUGACCCCAGACCUGCUGCAGCAGCAGCACAACAGAACAGACAGAGAGCACACAGACAGAGCAAUGCUGGACAAACUUCAGCCGCACAGAGAGCACAUGGAUAAAGAUCAUCCGCUCACAGCAGACUCUGGGAUGCAGCCGGCAGAGAGGAUGGGUGCAGAGAGAGAGGAACUCAAAAAAGGAAAAACAGAGAGAGCCAUGAUGGAGAAACACAAAGAGAGACCUAAAAGCCUCACACCCAGUAAAAAACCCACUGCUAAGAAGAUGAAGCCCAAACUGAUUCAGAAAAGUCCAGCUGGGGAAAGUAACAGCAUAAAGGCUGGCAAGUCUGUCACGAAGAAUACUAAAUCUAUAAUUUCACGACCUAAACUGAAGAACGUGGACAGGAGCUCGGCUCAGCAGCUCGCUAUAACAGUGGGCAAUGUGACUGUCAUCAUCACAGACUUUAAGGAGAAGACCCGCUCCUCCUCCACCUCCUCCUCCACUGUCACCUCCAGCGCUGGCUCUGAGCAGCAGCAUCUGAGCUCCAGCUCAGAGAGCACGGACAAGGGGUCGUCCCGUGCCUCCACCCCCAGAAGAGACCAUUCUACUGGGCACAAUGAGACCAUGUAAAGGGGAAGCGAUUCAGACACCGCAAUCUCAUUUAGCGAGGCCCGGAGCUCUUAUAGCCCAACUUGUAACUGUACAUGGAAGAGGGAUCUUUUCAAUCCAUUCAGACAAUGUCCAUCUUGACACAUCGGCAGAAGUGUACCUGUUGAAAACCCUCGUGGAGCACCUUGUAGAUUGAUGUGUUGAUGUUCACGUGAGUCACUGUCAGGCCGAGACCCACUGUAUAUUCUGUGCCCUGCUCCUACCAGAUAUAAUCCAUGUUUGUGCACCACGGAAGUCAGCGCUCCCAAGUUUGCAUUAUUGUUCAUUGCCAUUAAAUCGUGCAGACGGCUGUUUUGACUUUGUGUUUAGAAUGUAGAUUCGUUUAUGCUAAAUGUACAGUAUCUGAGCUUAUUCCUCAAUUUCUCAGCCAGCUCUGAGUCAAUGAUCUGUUGCUCCGGCUGUUUGUAGAAAGUGAGUUCUCAACAGUAAGAUCAUGCUAGACCACCGUGUACAGGGAGAUUUGUUCCCUUAUUAUUUCAUAUGACAAACUCUUAUGUGUUUACAUGGUGGAAACACAAACUGUGAUGAUGUGAGUUUACAGUAUUAUACAGUAUUAUACAAGGCAAACUUUGAAAUCCAUACGGUGUACCAUGUAGACAUGUUUUGUGGUUCACAAGAUGAUAAGAGAGUAUUUCGAAUAUUGUUCUUUAUGUUGCUCUGUUUUUAGACUUUAAAUCUUUGCAUAUUUCUUGUAAAAUUAUAUCGAGAUUCACAGUACUCUGUUAUUCAACUUCAUGGCAAUGAAAGUGUGGACAGAGAGAAACCGGCAGUUGUUGGAAUAUGAAGCAGCUUAUCUAUUUGUGAGAUUUCAUACAGUAUAUUUACAGUUUACCAAGAUGUCUACUGAAAAUUUGGAAAAUACUCCCAGUAUGGCAUUGUGUAGUACACAUUGGCUUAUUCUCGCCCAUAAGGACAUUUUGCCCAGGUUUACACAUUCAUUCUGACCUUUGUUAAAAUUCUAGAAGCUUACAAGGCUAAUAAAAUCCUUCUGAAACCCA